AUGGCGCGUAAAUGGAAAGCGAAAGACGCAGAAGCUAAAGCUCUUGCAGAUCCCAUGUCAAAGAUAGUAUUGCAGCUCCAGUCUUCUCUAAUCCAAUCAGAGGCUCGAGGAAUCUUGUGUGGGUGUAGUGUACUUCUUGCUGCAGAAGAAGAACAAGCUCAUCUCCUUGGCCGUGCCUACUUUGGCGACCGUGUUAUUAAUGCCGAGAAGGAUAAGCGGUGGUUUCAGUUGGAUAUGGAAGAGGCAUUUUUCCUAUGCUAUUCUCUCAAAUGCCUCAAGAUAGUGGGUGAAGAUAAACGCCCAAAGGAUGUUCAAGAGCUCUGGCAGUACAUGAAAUCCAAAAAAGCAGCUUUCCCUGAUUUUUACAAGGCUUAUUCUCAUCUUCGACUGAAAAAUUGGGUUGUAAGGCCCGGAUUUAAAUAUGGUGCAGACUUUGUUGCCUACCGUCACCAUCCGAAUUUGGUCCAUUCUGAUUAUGCUGUGCUUGUGUCAUCAGAAGGAGAUGGUGAAGCAAAUGGGCGAUUGAGGGUGUGGUCUGAUAUUCAUGGCACCUUAAGGCUUUGUUUAGGUGUUGUAAAGACAUUGCUAGUUCUUAGUAUUAGUAAAAAUGGUCAUGAUGCUGCCUCCCCAUCAUGUUUGGAGAACUAUACGGUUGACGAGCGCACGGUUUCAAGAUGGGUUCCAGAACAAGGCCGCGAGGAUGAUACAUCAGUUGAUGUUGAAUCACCAAGUAUCACAGUAGUUGAAAGUGGAACUAGCUCAGUUAUAGUAUAG